CUAAAUGAUUGCGGCGAAGACAGAGUUUGUUACCAAACUUAAUUAAUUUUGAUAUUAUUUGUUUAUCGAACGUUUAUGUAAUUCCUACAUUAUCAAAAAAUAAAAUGUUGCUUGUAAUAUAAUAGCAUUAAUUCAAGGUUUUAAUGUUUACAUAAUUUUUGGGGUGUGUAUGCUCUGUCAGUGAUAUUGAUUUGUUUUAUUUUGCGAAUGAUUGUUAAACAAAAAUGUAGGUAAUAUCUAUUUAAAUAUAAAAAAACCGGAAAUGCAUAAGAAGGGCAUUUUGUUAUAAUGCAUUCAUAAUGAAAACGAAAAGCUUUCUACUGUUUUCUACGUCAGUUUUCGCAAUAAGUUUAUUUUUGAUAAUUUUCCACUCCCAGCCACCGCAGUCGUUUCAAAGUAUUGUCACACAAACGCAUCAGCACAUCAAAGAUUUUCAGCAGGUUUCUCUGACCCAGGAGCAACUGCGAGAUGAAGAAGAGCAGCAUCUGGUGCAGGAGGAGAGAUACCUCCGCCUCGUGGGGCUGGAGGGGCAUACAGAUCUCUGGCACAACACUACAGUGCCGGUCAUUGUCACUCAUGCACGAAACGAUGACCAUGCCAAUGUUGUUUCCUUCGUGCGGGAUGCAGCUCAGCUCCCAUACACAGUUCUCGUAUAUAACUUAGGAUUAAAACCAUAUUCUCUGGCUGUGGUGUCAAACUAUUGCAACUCAUCAAAGUGUGCCAUCAUUGAUUUCGACCUGCAGCUGUUCCCCUCACACGUCAGCGAUGAGAGUAUCACUGCAUAUCGCCCGCUUAUUAUCCAGCACGCGCUGAGCCGCACGGGCGGCGUGAUCUACUGCGAGGUGUCCCAGCGCUGGGCGGGCACCGCGGGCGCGCUGGCGGCGCUGUGGGCGCGCGUGUCGGGCGAGGGCGCGCUGGGCGUGCUGGCGUGGCCGCGCCGGGCCGCCGUCACGUCGCUGACGCACCCGCGCAUGUUCCACUACCUGCGCGCCAGCACCGACGACUUCCUCUUCGUGCAGAUGCUCGACGUGAGCCACCUGCUCGUGGCGCCGAGGCCCGCGCUGGCCGACGUCAUGCGCCAGUGGAUCCAGUGCGCGCUCACGCUCGACUGCAUCAUGCCCAUAGGCGCGCAGUCGGGGGGCUGCCGCUUCGACAAGAAGCCUCAGUACCGGUACUCGGGCUGCCACGGGCAGGACGCGUCGGCGCUCAGCAUCGUGCUGGGCGCGCGCGCCGCCUUCGACGAGUCGCGCUACGCCGCGUCCGCCGCGCGCUGCUGGCGCCGCGCGCCGCGCAACCGCACGGCCGACUGACGCGUGACGAGACCGCUGGCCCGCUCGUACCCGCGACCUUUACCCGACGUCACUCCUUAGUCUCAUAAAUUCCGCCGUGACGGUGACGGGCGCGCCGCGAGUGCUGAGUGAUUUGUUUUGAUGAAUUUACAGUUGGCAUUCCCAAUCACAGGUAACUUUACAUUUUUUUAUAGAUUAUACCUUUUCUUAUCCAUGUAUUGAGUGGUUCGAUAAUGACACGAUCGGCGCGUGUGACGAAUGUAUUUAAUGUGACUCUAUGCUUUGCGAGCAUUUCAGUGAUCUAAAACAGUGAUUUUUUUUAUUUUGACAUUAAUGUAUUUGUAUAUAUGAAAAUGCUGUGGAUACUAACACUUCCUCUGGUUUAACCGUUGAACGGCUGUCGGUUGUGAUUUAAAUAUUGCUUUUUUUGUUAAUUUUAGUGAAUUGUCACACUUAUCUGUUUAUAAGUUCGUACGGAGCGACCCAGGGCGACGUGGUCCGCGCCAGACCGCGGCGACUGAGUUAGCACUCCAUGAUAAUCAUUCUUUUGUAAAUUGUAAAUAUAUAUUAGCACUUUAUUAGUUAUUUAUUUGUACAAUAUAAACCAUAGCACCCUAUAUACCACUGAUAAGUUAUAUAGUACGUGUCAUAAAUUUUACAAGCUUAUGUAUUGUGUACAAUUUAUAAUAUUAAGUACAAAAAAUUUGUAAAAUUUACAUACAAUUUAUGUACUUAAUAUCGCUCAUAUAAUGUAAGUACCGAGCGUGCGAAACGCCCGUACAGUUAGCAAGAACAAUGACAUUUCCGACGUUAAAUGUACGUUGAAACCGAGGAGGGUUCGAACUCACGCUCACGCAGCGACCGAGCGAGGCGACGCGCGACACGAGCUCGUGUUGGGCCCGCAGGACGUCGUCGCCGCGUUAGAACAUCCGAAUUGCUAAUCAGUUAAAUGUUCAGGAUUUCAUUAUUACUGUGGAGAAGCGGUGAUAAUCGACUAGCCACUGAAUAUUAAUCUUAUUAUAAAAUUGAAAAUGCACAACCAUUCAUACCAAUUCAAUGGAUGGAACGCAUCUAAAGGUCGGCUGUCUGUGUGUGACUCAUCACACAAAUGAUUGUAUUGCUUCUAUACGCUACUGCCGUUCUCCUUACUUAAUAUUUUUGUAAAGAUCGCUUAUAACGCAUAUAUCGUUGUUUUGUCUCAGUUACAGUUACAAUAUACAAUUUAGGUAAUUUGUACAAAGAGAUUAAAUUGAAAUUUCGUCAAAGUUAUUUAAAAGUAGCAUCUGUAUGGCAGUAUAAUUACACGCCGAUUUCUGUCUUUCUGUGAUCAGUGAGCUGACAUUCGGAAGAAGAAUACAAAGCAUAGUGUGGUUAUAGGUUAUACGAUAAUUAUUAACGGGGCGGUAGAUGUUACGUCAACGUAUUUUAAUGUAGGUAGGUUGCCUAUUUAAAGGCAAUUAGCAAUCUUAUCAGCAAUAUUUUUGUAAACUAAUAUAUUAAUAAUAUAUAUUGACAAAACAAACCGAUAAUAUACGACAAUGUGUUGCCCUGAUCAAAAAUUUUUCUAAGAUAAUUUGUUAUGGGACAAUAAGAGCCUCAAACCACCCGGUGUCGUUGCCCUGAAAUUAAUCUCCUCUUAUAACAUUUGUUUCAAUAAGUCCGUUUAUUCAAAUUCGUGGCAGCUAACGUGACGUAAUCGGUGUCGAUUACAAAACAAUGUUAAAGGGAGAAAUUUUUGAAGUGCUCUAAGAACAAUUUUAUAAAUAAUAUUAAAAAUGUAACAUUAAAAUGUAUAUGUUUCUAGUUGUAGGUGACCGCUUAUAUCUCGAAUGCACAGCACCAUUGGCGUAGCGAGCCCUUAGAUCCGAUGAGGGUCUCAGAAAUCCAUACUGAUAAGAGAAAUUGAAAACAUUUCGCUUGUUUGCAAUAUUGGUUAAUUUUGCAAUAUUUAUUCUUACUUGUGCAAACUCCUGUAAUUUUGAUAACUAAACAAUUUAAAUUAUUAAACUAAUUUUGAUUUAGUAUUCCUAUCUCAGUAAUGACCUCCAGGGCCGGGCUACGCUUAUGCAUAGUAUUCGUUCAGCGGUUAAUUAACAUUCGGUAUAAAGUGACGUCGAAGUACACAUUAGUAACGUAAAGGAUCUCAUAUUAGUAUAAAGUAAGGAGGGAGUAUAUAAUUAUUGUAAAAUUAUAUUCCCUUAUAAAAGUUGUAAACGACUUUUAGCAGACAUUAUACUAUAAGAUAAAAUAAAUCGAAUGUUUGGUUUGUGGGUUCCGUUGUGAAAUUUUCACAUAUUAAGAAACUCUUUUAUUUUAUCACAAAAAUAUCUUAAGUAUGGAAGUACUGUGCCAGUGACGGCAUUAAGAGUACUGUGCAAUUUUGGCUGUGAAAUAUAAUUGAAUACAAAAUUUGUAAUAUUGUGUUAAUAUGAUAAUUGAUUUGUAAAUAAAGACGUAUGGAACCCUCAAUUAUAUUGUAAACGAAUUGUGCCUGUUUAAUUUUACUCCACAAAUUCAGAUUAUUUUCCAAUAAACCGGAAAUCAAUAUCUCAACUCACUUAAUUUAUUUGUAGUACAAUCGGUUUUUAAAUGUUUUGUAACGAAAUUAUAUUGUCAUCAAAUUCGAUUCGAAAUGUCAACAUUAUUUAAUUAGAGCGGUGUAUGCGAUU